AUGGGUUCCCGAUACAUCCCAGUAGGAUGUCUUGUUAUAUCAAGGGACCAAUACAUCAACCUCAAACAAGAGUUCUGGUCUCGAGAAUGCUUUCACCAGUGGCAUGCGUUCCCUCAGCAGUGGGAAGAAGACGAGAAGGCCAAGGUCCUUCAACCUACCGCCGCGUUCUUGCCGGUCCUGCCGCGAGACGUCCAGUCUGAAGUCUUUGCCGCCUUGAGGACGGCGCCUCUUCUCCCCGAGCUCCUUCGCAAGAAAUGGAUCAGCUUUGAAGUCUGCGUCUGUUCUAGCAAACCGGACACUGCAUUGCUCCGCGUGUAUGUUCUCCCCGACGAUGUGGAUAACCUCCUGGUGGACAGGUCCGACAUCCACCUGAAAAAAGCUAGGAAGGACUUGUUGGCAAACCUGGACUAUUCCCAAUCUACCUGGGCCGGUACACCCAGCCCGUCUCCUCGGUCGCUUCCUGAGCCGCGGGACCCCGACAUGGACCAGGAAGAGUCACUUUCCCUGUUGGAGAUGUUCAACAACAUCCCCUCGCCAGAUCCAUUUGCAGAGAGGCUCCUCGUACCCCUGUACGAGGCACCGCUCAAUAACCUACUUCAGAGUGAGGUUGCCGGUUUAAAUACCACGCUCUACCCAUAUCAACGCCGGUCGGCAGCUGUCAUGUUAAUGCGAGAAGUUCAGUCGGCUCAGGAUAUCGACCCAAGACUAGUCCGGGUCAAGGACCAGGCAGACCAUGAUUGGUUCUACGACGCUCCCGCUGGUGUCGUGCUCAAGGAACCGCGCUAUUAUGAUCGCGUUCGUGGGGGGAUCCUUGCCGAGCAGAUGGGAUCAGGAAAGACCCUCAUCUGCCUCGCUCUUAUCUUAGCUACCAGGUCACUAUCCGCCGAACCCCCCGCGCUCCGCAGUCCCGUUGUGCCAGCGACGCGUGGGGUCAGGUCGCUUGUCGACAUGGCUGCUGCUUGUGCAACGUCCAACGGUGCGCCCUGGAAGUGGUAUUUUGGGGCUCACGAUAAACAGCAGGACGUCGCCUACGAAAACUGUCUCAAAGCGAUAGAGCGGAAUCCCGGGGCGUACACAAUGCCCUCUCCCGACACGAAGAGGCCUGGCCGCGUUGCGUCCCGUCAGGUAACGACAGACGCCCCCAAACCAAUCUUUAUCGGCCACGGUUCGGUCGUCGUGGUCCCUAACAACUUAAUGCGGCAGUGGGAAGCGGAGAUUCGGAAGCACACCACUGGCCUCAAGACCCUGAAGUUGGAAGACAACAGCUACGACAUAUCUCCCAAGGCACUUGCGCAUUACGACCUUGUACUCGUCCCACAUUCCCGCCUCAACAGGAUCCUACGAUCCAGCGGCAGCAACGAACAUCCCUUAACCAGGGUCCUUUUCAAACGCUGCAUCGUGGAUGAAGGCCACAUGCUGGGCAAUUACACCCCGCGUCACAAGAGCGACUUACUUCUGGCACUUGACCAGCUGCAUGCUUCAGCUCGAUGGAUUGUCACCGGAACCCCUUCCCGAGGGCUCUAUGGCGUAGACGGCCCUCCAUGUGACGAGCCGCACCAGAACAUGGCGACUUUCUCGGAACAGCCAGGAGACGUAGUAGACGGGGCUACAGGUAAAAAUGGGAAGUCUGCGGAAGAACUGGAGAGGCGUGACCUUAUUAGGAUCGGCGCCAUAGCAUCACUUUAUCUCAAAAUCCGACCUUGGGCAAACACUACUGAGGAGGGGGAGACGCCCGCUAAGUGGUCAGUCUAUGUGAUGCAACCGAAACACACCGCCAAGGGUUCUGGGCGGCAGAGCUCAUUGAGAGGGACCCUCAAUUCGUUGAUCGUCCGGCAUAGGCUCUCCGAGCUUAGCCGCAUGCUGCCAACCGUCGACGAUAAAGUGGUGCUCCUGGACGGUUCUUACCAAGAUAAACUGUCUAUCAACGUCUUCUCGGUAAUAAUCAUCUUUAACGCAGUUCAGUCGCAAAGAACCGACCGCGACUAUAUGUUCCACCCAAGUCAACGGAAGAGUCUGCUUUUACUGGUGCAAAACUUGCGGGUAGCCUGCUUCUUCGGCGGCCAUUUCUUCCCCGACCAGGACGUAGCCAAGGCUCUCGAGACGGCAACCAAUUUCUUAGAAGAGAAGAAGGUGCCCAUCAGCGAGGAAGACGAAGCUCUUCUGCGACGGGCAAUCGAAGCGGGUCAGCUGGCCCUUGAAAACGAAUUGAGGCGGCAUAGUCACCAGUUUCACGAGAUGCCCGUGUUUGUGCGGAACUUCCUACCCAACGGUGCAGGCCAAGCCUGGUCCCUGGACGGCAACGACAGCGAUCCGGUAUGCACGAACACGACGUUGAUUAUGGACGCCCAGAAGAUAAUUCGCUCUUCUCUCGGCGAUCCUACCCGACUGAACAGCCUGUUGAACGGCGGGCUUCUGGCGGCGGGACGUGAGUGCAAGUCGACUGCGUUGAUACGAGAGGAAGAAGCAGACGAAGCGGCUGCGAGGCCCAAAUCGCUUGCCGGAGAUACAAACCUGGGGAGUGAAAAGAGCCCUAAGAAUCUCCGGUCAAACGUACUUUGGGCUCCCCUCCACCAUAAGGAUAAUCGUGAUUCUGAUAGUGAGGAACUUCCGGAGGCUUUCGCCAAAGCGGAACUCAUCUCCACUGCCUCAGCGAAGAUGUCCUAUCUCCUGGACAGCAUUAUUGAGCACCAGGAGAAGGAGCAGAUCAUCGUCUUCUAUGAAAACGAGAACAUGGCGUGGUAUGUGGCCGGCAUGUUGGACGUGAUUGGGAUUCGCAAUCUUAUUUACGCCAAGUCGCUGAGCAGCAAGCGGAAAGACCAGUACAUCAACACUUUCAACAAUGACACGAAGUUCAGGGUUCUACUCAUGGACCUUACACAAGCGGCUUUCGGCUUGGACAUGAGGGCUGCGUCGAGGAUCUACUUUAUGCAUCCCAUCUUGAAUCCGCAGGUCCAGGCGCAGGCCAUCGGACGGGUUCGCAGAAUCAGCCAGCAAAAGCCCGUCACCGUCGAGACUCUCGUGCUGCGCGACAGUAUCGAGGAGGUCAUUGUGGAGCGCAAAAACACCAUGAGCCAGGCCGAGCACUGGAAGUGCAAGUCGCUGUUGGACGACCGGCCCAUCUACAACUGGAUCUUGAACGCGAGCAUCACGCCGAUGCCCGAAGGAGAGCCGAGCAAGAUGGAUCAGAUGGUGCCGUUAAAGCACCCGCAGCCUAUAUUCAGAGGAGGCUUCGGGCGAGAGGUAGACCCAGAUGAGGGCCUCUGGGUGGGCGAUAAGGACAAUGCCGGGCCGGCGAGGUUGAAUGGGCUUAAACGUCCCCACCCCGCCGCGAACCCGGAUCUUUCGCACCCUCCGGACGAAGUUCCUACGAACGGUGGUCUUCCUGAGCGGCCGGCCCGUCGAGUACGCUUUGGAUAG